AUGGCAUAUGCUCCAGCAAAUGAAAGUGACAAGCAAACUUUACCUAUACUUUUAUCACCCGAAAAACAAUCACAAUAUUAUAUUGUCAACAAUCAUACUUGGUCAUUACGGUUCGGCUUGAUCUGUAUGACUUCGGCGAUUGUCUUCGUGACGUUUUGGAGCUUGUAUCAAGUUAUCCAAGCUUUUAUCUUACCAAUGAAUUCGUCUUACACAGACGGUUAUUUAUUUCUAAUGGUCUUCUUAACGAUGAUCAGUUUAGAUGCAUAUGUGCUCUUUGUAACAAUUCCCUGUGGCAUCCAUUUUCGACUUUUUAUUAUCGCCAAGUUAGCCAUGCUUCUACAUUCUGUUUUGUCAUAUUGCCGAGACCAAUAUUAUCAACUUAUGACAACAAUAUCCAAUUUGCUUUCCAAACUGUUGAUGAAACUCAAAUCUACUUAUCAUUCAUUUGUUGAUUUAAAUAAACAAAAUAUCACAACGGUCUAA